AAUUUUUAUUUUUCCCUUUCUUCAUUUUGAUUCUGUUCUUCUUUGGUUUGCUCUCAAGAAGAACGGGAAAAGAAAAAGAAGGUUUAGUUUUGUCUGAGAAUCCCUUGAUUUUCGUAGUGAAGAAGACAUGGCAUCUCAUGUUCUGACUCGAGUUCACAGCCUUCGUGAUCGUCUUGAUGGAACACUCUCUACUCAUCGCAACGAACUCUUGUUGCUUCUCUCGAAUAUUGAAAAACAUGGUAAAGGAAUUCUGAAACCCCAUCAGAUUGAGGCAGAGUUUGAAGCACUCCCCAAACAUGCCCAACAAAAACUGCAUGAUGGACCCUUCGGAGAGGUUCUGAAAUCUGCCCAGGAAGCAAUAGUUUUGCCUCCAUGGGUUGCUCUUGCUAUUCGGUUGAGGCCCGGUGUCUGGGAAUACAUCCGAGUGAAUAUUAAUGCCCUUGUUGUUGAGGAGUUGAGCGUCCCGGAGUAUCUUCAUUUCAAAGAAGAACUUGUUGAAGGACCUCGCAAUGGCAACUUUGUUCUUGAGUUGGAUUUUGAACCAUUCACCGCAUCGUUUCCUCGCCCAACUCUUUCAAAGUCAAUUGGGAAUGGGGUUGAGUUCCUCAACAGGCACCUCUCUGCAAAAAUGUUCCAUGACAAGGAAAGCAUGCACCCACUCCUUGAAUUUCUCAAAGCCCACAACUACAAUGGCAGGACAAUGAUGCUCAAUGAUAGGAUCCAAAACCUCAAUGCUCUCCAAUUUGUUCUGAGGAAGGCAGAGGAGUAUCUCCUCACAUUUCCUUCGGACACAACAUAUUCUGAAUUUGAACACAAGUUUCAAGAGCUUGGUUUGGAGAGAGGGUGGGGUGAUACCGCCGGGAGAGUGUUGGAAAUGAUUCAUUUGUUGUUGGACCUUCUCGAGGCUCCUGAUCCGUGCACUCUUGAGACAUUUCUCGGCAGAAUCCCUAUGGUUUUCAAUGUGGUCAUCCUUUCCCCCCAUGGCUACUUUGCUCAAGAAAAUGUUUUGGGCUAUCCUGACACCGGUGGCCAGGUGGUUUACAUUUUAGAUCAAGUUCCUGCCAUGGAGAAGGAAAUGCUUUUACGUAUAAAGCAGCAAGGGCUUGACAUCAUUCCUCGUAUUCUCAUUGUGACUCGGCUUCUCCCCGAUGCAGUAGGUACUACCUGCAAUCAACGCCUUGAGAAAGUUUAUGGAGCUGAGCAUUCGCAUAUUCUUCGUGUCCCCUUUAGAACCGAGAAGGGUAUCGUCCGUAAAUGGAUCUCACGCUUUGAAGUGUGGCCAUACAUGGAGACUUUCACUGAGGACGUUGCACAUGAAAUCGCCUUAGAAUUGCAGGCAAAGCCAGAUCUGGUGAUCGGCAACUACAGUGAGGGUAACCUUGUUGCCUCAUUGUUAGCUCACAAAUUGGGUGUAACCCAGUGUACCAUUGCUCACGCUUUGGAAAAAACAAAAUAUCCCGAUUCUGACAUUUAUUGGAAGAAAUUUGAUGAGAAGUAUCACUUCUCUUCCCAGUUCACAGCUGAUCUUAUUGCUAUGAAUCAUACUGAUUUCAUAAUCACUAGCACAUUCCAGGAAAUCGCUGGAAGUAAGAACACAGUAGGUCAGUAUGAGAGUCAUACCGCGUUCACCAUGCCCGGUUUGUACAGAGUUGUUCAUGGUAUUGAUGUGUUUGACCCCAAAUUCAACAUUGUGUCGCCCGGGGCUGAUAUGUCGAUUUACUUCCCUCACACCGAGAAGGAAAAGAGACUGACUAAGUUCCACCCUGAAAUCGAAGAGCUUCUCUUUAGUGAAGUGGAGAACGAAGAGCAUUUAGGCAUGUUGAAGGACAAGAAAAAGCCCAUCAUAUUCUCUAUGGCAAGGUUGGAUCGUGUCAAGAACUUGACAGGGCUUGUCGAGUUGUAUGGUAAGAAUGCUCGGCUUAGAGAGUUGGCCAACCUUGUGGUUGUUGGUGGAGAUCGUAGGAAGGAAUCCAAGGAUUUGGAAGAGCAAGCCGAGAUGAAGAAGAUGUAUGAAAUGAUCGAAACCUACAAGUUGCAGGGUCAAUUUAGGUGGAUUUCAUCACAGAUGAACAGGGUGAGGAACGGUGAGCUCUACCGGUGCAUUGCUGACACCAAAGGCGUGUUUGUUCAACCUGCGUUCUAUGAGGCUUUUGGUUUGACUGUUGUCGAGGCCAUGACUUGUGGUUUGCCAACGUUUGCAACUAGCUAUGGGGGUCCUGCUGAGAUAAUUAUUCAUGGCAAGUCCGGAUUCCACAUUGAUCCAUAUCAUGGCGAUCAAGUAGCUGAGUUGCUUGUCAAUUUCUAUGAGAGGUGUAGUAAAGAUCCUUCUCAUUGAGGUUAUCUUCAUGCAGGAGGGCUGCAACGCAUCAUGGAGAAAUACACGUGGCAGAUUUAUUCCGAGAGGCUAAUGACACUUGCUGGGGUUUACGGAUUCUGGAAGUAUGUGUCGAAGCUUGAUCGCCUUGAGACUCGCCGCUACCUCGAAAUGUUCUAUGCUCUCAAGUACCGCAAGUUGGCUGAAUCAGUCCCUUUGGCUAUUGAGUAGAUGAUGGAUUGGAAGCAAAAGCAAAGGAGGAGUUGUGAAUUGGGGGGGAUUCCUGAGUUGUGGAAUAAACAAUCCUCCUGCAUUUGAGCUUUGUGAUGAGAAGAAGAGGCUUCUGUUUUUCUUUCCUUCUCCUUUGUUUUGUUUUGUUUUGUUUUGUUGUUUUGUUUUGUUUUGUUGCCCUCUUAAUUGAGGGGCUUUGCUUUGAAUUGUGAUUUAAGCAAUUGUUAAAUGGUAGUUGGUCUUUUGCAUUUCCUUUUCCCCACCCCUAUAUUAGGAUGAAGAUUGGAUAUUUGAGAUUCUGAAAUUGUUAGUAAUAUAAAUAAUAAUAAGACUCAAAUUUCAAUA